GUGCUGGCAUUAGUUUGAGGCCAGUGAAAAGCUGCUGGGGCUUAGACCGUCAUGGGAGAGGCCAGUAGAGAUGAGUAUAAAAUCCAGUCUUUUGAUGCAGAAACACAGCAGCUGCUGAAGACCGCACUCAAAGAUCCAGGUGCUGUGGACUUGGAGAAAGUGGCCAAUGUGAUUGUGGAUCAUUCUCUGCAGGACUGUGUGUUCAGCAAGGAAGCAGGACGGAUGUGCUACGCCAUCAUCCAGGCAGAGAGUAAGCAAGCAGGCCAGAGUGUCUUCCGCCGUGGGCUCCUUGACAGGCUCCAGCGGGAGUAUCGGGCCCGGGAGCAGCUUCGAGCCCGCUCCCUGCAGAGCUGGGUCUGCUACGUCACCUUCAUCUGCAACAUCUUUGACUACUUGAGGGUGAACAACAUGCCCAUGAUGGCCCUGGUCAACCCUGUCUAUGACUGUCUCUUCCAGCUGGCCCAGCCUGAGAGUCUAAGUAGGGAAGAGGAGGUCGACUGUCUGGUGCUCCAGCUGCACCGGGUUGGGGAGCAGCUGGAGAAGAUGAAUGGGCAGCGCAUGGAUGAGCUCUUUGUCCUAAUCCGGGAUGGCUUCCUGCUCCCAAUAGGCCUCAGCUCCCUGGCCCGGCUGCUGCUGCUGGAGAUCAUUGAGUUCCGGGCAGCUGGCUGGAAAACCACUCCUGCUGCCCAUAAGUAUUACUACAGUGAGGUUUCCGACUGAGCUAGGCUCCACAUGUCUAUGGCUAUGCACACCCUCCUGUGACCCUCCUUUCAAGUUGGCCUCGUAGACCUUUCCAGACUCACCUUCCCUCACUCUGGAGUUGUGGAGACUGCCCUGUCACCCUUCCUCCAAGUCCUUUCAGCUUCUUUUUCCCACUUCUCCCUGGGCCAGGCAGGGAAAGGCAACUCCUAACAACCACUGAACUGUGUAACCACUGCUGCAGUACUACCUUGGUGCCUCAGUUUCCCCAUCUGUAAAAUGGGCAAUCACAGCCAUUGGUGGGAUGCCUUGGGAUGUUAAGGGCAGAAAGAGUCCAAAUCACAAGAGAAGUAGUGUUUUGUACAUUUUGUACAGACUACUGUGGAGGUAAGCCUGUGUACUCCAGUCAGUUUUCAUGAGUGACAGUCUCACCAGGUGGGAGGCGUUUCUAAUAAAUCUUUUCUGAAACCAAA